AUGGCGCGCCGCCUCUUCUCCGCCGCAAGAGCUCUCGUCCCGCCCGUCCCAGCGCCGGCGCCGGCGCCCGUGCCCGCGUCUUCUUCCGCGGCCGCGGAGGCCGCGGCGUCGCUCCUGCCGCUGCUCCCGUGCAAGCGGCGGAAGAAGCUCCUGAAGAAGCUCAACAGCCCGCGCAUCGCGCCCAUCGAGCCCGAGGCCGACCGCCGGGUGCCGGCCCUCGACGCCGUCCUCGACCGCGACGCCGCCUUCCGCUUCCUCUCCCGCGCGCGGUCCUUCAUGGCCUCCCUCCCGCCCCCACACCGCAUCCCCCUCGCCGAGGCCGGCAAGCUGUACCGCGAGCUCGGCUUCCCCCGCGGCCGCAGCGUCUCGCGCGCCGCCGCCCGGCACCCCUUGCUCUUCACCCGCACCACCGUGGGCUCCGUCCCGCACCUCGCGUUCACGCCGCUCAUGUGCUCGCUCCUCGAGGAGGAACGCCGCGUCCACGAGGAGCUCCUCCCCGCGCGGGUGCUGGCCGUCCGGAAGCUCCUCAUGCUCACCGCCCACCGCCGCCUGCCCCUCGCGAAGCUCCACCACUGCCGCGCGGUGCUCGGCCUCCCGGACGACUUCCGGGACCGCGUCCGCGACUUCCCCGACGACUUCCGCGUCGCCGUGGACCCCGACGGGCUCCACGUCCUCGAGCUGGCGCACUGGGACCCCGCGCUCGCCGUCAGCGCCCUGGAGCACGACUUCAUGGUGGACGAGCGCCGCGUCCGGCGCACGUUCCGCUUCUCCGUCCCGCACCGCCGGUCGAUGCCGCUGGACGGGGAGGAGGCGGAGCGCCUGGACGCGGCGACCACGUUCCCGCUGGUCUCGCCGUACACCAACGGCUCGCUGCUCCGGCCGUGGACGCCGGAGGCGGAGAAGUACCGCGUCGGGGUGGUGCACGAGUUCCUGAGCCUGACGCUGGAGAAGCGCGCGCUGAUACACCACGUGUUCGAGUUCAAGGAGGAGCUGGGGCUGACGCGGCACAUGUACCAGUCGCUGCGGAAGCAGACCCGCGCCUUCUACCUCGCCGGGACGGAGAUGAACUGGGCCGUGUUCCUCCGGGACGCGUACGACGACGACGGCGUGCUCAGGGACAAGGAUCCCCUCGCGCUCUUCAACGAGAAGCUGCAGGGCUACGCGUGCAUGACCGAGAUGGAUCCCAGGCACAGCAUCGCUGAAUGA